AUGGCUUCAAACCCCAAGCAAAAGACAGCAAUUGUCGUUGGAGCAGGAGUAGGCGGCAUAGCAACAGCAGCACGCCUCGCAUCUGCCGGUUUCUCCGUAACAGUCCUGGAAAAGAAUUCCUUCACCGGCGGCCGUUGCAGUCUCCUCACCCACGGAGGAUACCGCUUCGACCAGGGCCCAUCCCUUCUCCUCCUCCCCGGCCUCUUCGCCGAAACCUUCGCGGACCUCAAUACCUCUCUUUCCGCAGAAGGUGUUGAGCUUCUAAAAUGCGAUCCGAAUUAUAAUAUGUGGUUCGGGGACGGGGAGAAGUUUGAGUUGAGCAGCGAUACGGCGGUUAUGAAGCGUGAGAUUGAAAAAUGGGAGGGGAAGGAUGGGUUCGAACGGUAUUUGUCUUGGCUUGCGGAGGCACAUAGGCAUUAUGAGAUUAGUGUGAGAGAGGUUUUACACAAAAACUUCACCUCGAUCUUUAAUCUCCUCAGACCAAGCUUUCUUAGACAUCUGUUUGCCCUGCAUCCGUUUGAGAGUAUCUACUCGAGGGCAAGCAAGUACUUUUUCACGGAGAGGUUGAGAAGAGUCUUUACGUUUGGGAGUAUGUAUAUGGGCAUGUCACCGUUUGAUGCUCCAGGCACAUAUUCGCUGCUUCAAUAUACGGAGCUCGCAGAGGGCAUUUGGUAUCCGGUUGGUGGCUUCCACGCCGUUGUCUCAGCUCUCGUCCGGAUAUGCGAGCGCCUAGGAGUUGACAUCCGGCUCAGCACGCCAGUCUCCCGCAUUCUCACGUCUCCGGAUGGGAAAACAGCAACCGGAGUCCUCACAGAAGCCGGGGAUACUCUCACAGCAGACGUCGUAAUAAUCAAUGCCGACCUGGUCUACGCGUACAACAACCUCCUCGCGCCAACACCCCAUUCUCGCUCUCUCCAAACACGCCAGGGCUCUUGCAGCAGUAUAUCCUUCUACUGGUCUCUAUCCCGAAAAGUCCCAGAGCUAAGCACGCAUAACAUUUUCCUCGCAGACGAGUAUCGGGAAUCGUUUGAUGCUAUUUUCGACCGGCAGAGUAUACCGCGAGAGCCAAGUUUCUACGUCAACGUACCAUCGCGUGUCGAUCCAAGCGCUGCGCCAGAGGGCAAGGAUUCCAUCGUUGUAUUGGUCCCCGUCGGACAUCUCUUAAACUCCUCGUCCUCCACCACCACCUCCUCUUCCAAAGGUCUGCCCAAAGAAGAACUCAACUGGCCCGCCCUAAUCGCCUCAACGCGCGCCUCGGUCCUAUCCGUCAUUCAAUCACGCACCCAUUGCGAUGCUCUCGCGCCCCUCAUCACGCACGAAAUUGUCAAUGAUCCGAUCACAUGGGAAGAUACAUUUAACCUCGACAAAGGGUCGAUUCUAGGCUUGAGUCACUCUUUCUUCAACGUCUUGGCUUUCCGGCCAAGCACAAGGGCUAGGGGGUUAAAGGGGUGUUAUUUCGUGGGGGCUAGUACGCAUCCUGGGACGGGGGUCCCAAUUGUGCUUGCGGGAGCCAAGGUUACGACGGAGCAGAUCUUGAGGGAUUUGGGGAUGGUAAUUCCGUGGACUGGAAUGGGAGGGGUGGAGGGCAAGGGAAAAGAGAAGGGGGAGAUAGAUCGGGUGAGGAGGAAUGGUGGGUUGAUUAGCGAUUUUGGGAUUUGGGUAUUAGCUAUUGUGGUGUUGGUGAUGAGCAUGCUUUAUGUCAAUUCAGGCUUGCUUGUUACUUGGGAUUGGGAUCGGAAGAGGGGGUGGGGAAGUGGGAGGCUUGAAGGGGCCGGGCUUGGGAUGAGAUAA